AUGAGACAACUUGAGCUGAAGUUGCCUUUCAUCGACGCCUUGAUGCUCAUUCCACCUUAUCAAAAAUUCCUGAAGGAUGCUGUUCAGCAAAGAACCAGGGAGGCACAAGGAAUGGUAGUGUUGACUCGUGAGUGCAGUGCAAUCAUUCAGGGAAGCCACUGCGACCUAGGAUCAUCUGUCAGCCUCAUGCCUUUGUCCGUAGCAAAGAGACUGGGAUACCACAAGUACCAAGCCUGCGGAAUCUCAAUAGUUUUGGCGGAGAGAUCGAUAAGGUUACCAACUGGAAUGCUUGAAGACCUACCUCUGAGAAUAGGGAAUGUAGAAAUCCCCACCGACUUCAUUAUGCUGGAGAUGGAUGAGGAACGAACAGAUCCAUUGAUACUAGGAAGGCCAUUCCUAGCUACAGCAAGAGCAAUGAUAGAUGUCUGUGAAGGCACAAUUGAGCUAAACUUGGGAAAGGACCUAAGGAUGAAGUUUGACAUCAAGGAUACAAUGAGGAAGCCAACAAUAGAAGGUCAACUCUUUUAUGUUGAGGAGAUGGAUCAGUUGGCAGAUGAGCUUUUAGAAGAGCUAUCAUUGGAGGACCCCCUACAAGUUGCUUUGACAAAGGAUUCUUCAGAAGGAUAUGUGAGCUCAGAAACCGAGGAAUACUCGAAGCUCCUUGACACCUUCAGACCGGUUCCAAGCAUUCUGAGCAUUGAGGGGUUGGACGGCCAAUUUGCGAAGUCAUGGCAGUGA